AUGGGCGGGUGGCGGGCGCGCGGGCCGGGCCGCGGCGCGGCGGUGCGGCGGUGCGGGCAGGGCGCGCUCCUCGCCUGCGCUGCGUGGACCGCCGGCUGGGUGCUGGCGGGCGCGCUGCUGCUCCGCGCGCACCCGGGCGUCCUCUCCGAGCGCUGCACCGACGAGAAGAGCCGGCGCAUCCUGGCCGCGCUGUGCCGGGACUACCGGGCCGGCGCACUGGCGGGGGACCUGUGCGAGGACCUGUGCGUGGCGGGGAGGCUGCGCUACCGCGGCUGCCUGCACUACGAGCCGGGCAAGAAGGUGCUGCAGGCCGACUGGCGCGGCCGGCCUGUGGUGCUCAAGUCCAAGAGCGAGGCCUUCUCCAGCUUCCAGCCCCUCGGCUCGCUGGGCGGGGAGGCGGAGGAGGGCGGCCCCGACGUCCCCGAGGCAGAGCUCCUCCUGAUGGCUGCCGGGCAGGUCAAGAACGCGCUGGGCCUGGAGCUGCCCAACGGCAGCCUGGGGCCGCUGUGGCCGGGCCGGCGGGGCGCGCGGUGGCGGGCCCAGCUGGCCAGCGCGUGGGCGCUGCUGCAGCAGGAGGAGUACGUCUACCUGAGCCUGCUGCAGGGCCUCAGCCGGCACGUCCUGCCCGUGCUGGGCUCCUGCGGCCACUUCUACGCCGUGGAGCUCCUGGCCGCCGGCGGCCCCCAGCACGGCGCUCUCUUCCCGCUGGGCGAGGCCGCGGGUGGCCCCCGGGGUGGCCAGGGCCGGGCCAAGGCCGUCGGUGACAUCGCUCUCAGCUUCUUGGACAUGGUGAACCAUUUCCACAGCGACUUUUCCCACCGCCUCCACCUCUGCGACAUCAAGCCCGAAAACUUCGCCAUCAGGAGUGACCUCACGGUGAGUGGGUGGGGCGUGGGGCGGGCCGUGGGCAGCGUGCAGACGGGCGGGUGGCAGGAGUGGCAGCCGCUGGCCUCACUAGGCUACACCCGCCAUGUGCAGGUGCCGGCAGAAUUCCUGACCUUGAGCCCGGGCAGGCGGGGAGCCCCCAGGGGGAUGAGCUGCCCCGAAUUAACUGCCCACCCUGCUUUCCCGCAGGUCAUCUGCGACAAAAUCUUUCGCCACUGGUUUUCCGCGCCCCUCAAGAGCUCCGCCGUCUCCUUCCAGCUGCAGCUGCAGCUGCGGGACGCGGUGCGGGAAUGCGCGGACUCCCCGAGAGCAGCCCCCAGUGUGUUCUGGAAGCUUCGCCGGCUCCUCCAAGCCGCGCAGAGGGAGCUGCAGGGGGCAGAGAAGCAGCCGCUUCUCCGGCCUUAAGGAUGCUCGCACAGGAGCAGUGACCGUCCAGUGACUCCUUCUGCGGCG